CUUUGAAAAAAUCGUUUCAUUUCACACAUACACACACACACAGAAAAAAAAUGACUACAAUCCUGCUGCUUAUUUGCCUGUUCACGGUACAUUUCACCAAUGCAGCGAACAUUCUGGCAAUAAUCCCCACGGCGUCCUUCAGCCAUCAAAUCCCUUUCAGACCACUAUGGAAAGCGCUGGCGAGCAAAGGACACAACGUCACCCUGGUUACCACAGACCCCAUGGAAAAGCAGGAAAACAUCACCCAGAUUGACAUGAGUUACGGAUACGACCACUGGAAGAAGCACAAGAUCGUCGAUAUCGCCAGCGAUAACUCGAAAUCCUUUGUGGAAAUGGGGGUGGCGAUCCGGAGGGCCACCAACGAGACCAACGUAGCCUUCUUCCAGAGCCCCGAGGGACAAAACCUGAUCCACAAUCGGGACAAUCGGUUCGAUUUGCUGAUUGUUGAGGCGCAACUGCCCGCCAUGAUGGUGUUUAGCUGGUGGUACCAGAUUCCCUUUAUAGGGGUCAGCUCGCUGGACUGUUCCCUGCAGUACCACGUGAGCAUGGGCAACUUGGUGCAUCCGGCGAUCACUCCGGACCCCAACUUGAUCCUGGAGGAUAUCAGGAGCAUGACCCUCUGGGAGCGCAUCCAAAGUUUCACUUUUAUGAGCGUCUUCAGGGCGUUGCUGCAUCUGUUGACCUUUCCCAACGAGCAGAAGAUGCUCCAGAGCUUCUUUGGGAAGGGGGUGCCUCCUGUGCCAGAGAUCCAGGAUAAUAUGAGCAUGCUUUUUGUUAGUACCAAUCCGAUUUUUCAAAAUGUGAGGGCGCUGAGGCCCAAUACCAUCACUCUAGGGAAUGGGAUGCAUUUGGGGGGCGGUGGGGAGCUCAAGAAGGAUGUGCGUGAGUUUUUAAAUGAGGCUACAGAGGGCGCCAUUUAUUUCAGUUUGGGGAGUAACAUUAAGGGGCGCCACCUUAACGAUUCGGUUAAGGAGGCUCUUAUGGGUGCGUUUUCCAAGUUGCCCUACAGGGUAAUUUGGAAGAUCGACCAUAAGUUUAAGGUGCUGCCCCCCAACGUGAUUGUUCGCAAGUGGUUCGCCUCCCAGGAAGCCAUUUUAGAUCAUCCGAAUGUGAAGCUGUUCAUCACCCAGGGGGGUCUACAGUCGAUGCAGGAGGCUGUAUACUUCGCCAAACCGAUGAUCGGCAUCCCCUUCUUUGGGGAUCAGCACAUGAACGUGAGAAGGAUGGUCCAGUUGGGUUAUGGGGUGAAGCUGGACAAGGACAACAUCACCCAGCUGUCCAUCACUGAGGCUGUAGAAGAAGUAUUAAAUAAUCCUCGCUUUAAAGAAAAAGCUUUGGAAUACAGUGCCAUAUUUAAGGACGUGGACAUGCCUAACGUGGAUAAGGCUGUAUGGUGGACUGAGUACGUCAUACGUCAUAAAGCGGUGAGGCACUUUAGGGAUCCCACCUUGGACAUGCCUUUCUGGAAGAAGAACCUGCUGGAUGUCGUUGGGUUCUUGCUGGUACUGUUUGGGUUAAUUAUUGGGGUGUUAAGCUGGAUAUGUCGUUGUGUAAGUAAGAGAUCCAUCAAGGUUUCAAAAGAGAAGAAGAAGGCUUAAUUUUAUAAUAAAUUAAUUGUUUAA